AUGUCGAUGGCUUGGGUCGCAACCGCCAAACGGUAAGACUGUCGAGUGUUAACAGUAACAUUCGCCCCAAUUUAAGUCCGAAAAAUCCGGCGUUUGUGCCCGAUCAAAGAUGCUCUGGAUGGUGGGUUGCUACCAUUGUCGAGUACACUGGAAACGGACCACAAGCGGAGACGAUCAUGCUCUACAAAGUUCGCGACGCUCUGGUGAAAAUUCUCACUGCUAAUCAGACAAAAUAAACGGUUUUAUUUUUCCAGAAAGUCUACUCUCGCUAUCGCGUCUACUACUACGAACUUCACCAUCUGGUGAUUUCGGUUCGUGAAGAAGACGUGGACCACGUGAGCGACGCAUUGGUAACUAGUAAUUUCAAAAAAAAAAGUAUGAUGCGAUUAUUGCAGUACAAUUAUCGCCUGAUUCCACCGCGCCCGGAGCACCUUGAAAACGACAAAAUCUUCUGGGAAAACGCUCCGAUCUACACAGGUAUACACCAUCAUUCAAAUCUUUCAUGGCAGUGACACGUUCUUCAGAUCUGUACGAUAUUCUUAACGACUUCAUGUUCCGUUUUAAUGUUCGAAAGCUUCUGGACCUCAAGAACACCGCAAAUCCGGCGGAGCGAGUUGACUACAAUCUCGCUCACGACAUGCUGGAGCACCUCGCCAAACGUCUCAUUUUGGAUAUUCCGGUCCCGAGUCACCGGGACUAUCUGCUCAAGCGCAUCAGUACGAUCCAAUACCUGAAUGAGAAUGCCGAGAAGAGCUACAAGAUGUGGAUCGGAUUCAAGAACUUGGGAGAACUGCGCAAGAAGAUUGACGACAUGUGCAACCGCCCGAAGAAGGAGAGACUGCCGCUUGAUAAGUACUUCAAGAUCACACAGACUGAAUUUAACACCUUUCACACGAAAUAUCCGCAUCUUUUGAUUGACAAUGAGAAACUGGAGGAUGAGGAUAUUAUCGACGAGCGUGUUGAUUACACCGACAACACCAUGAUCAACAAUAACGACGUUAUCAAGCACAGAGGAUUAUACCUGUCCGGCUCGACCACUUACCCAGAAUGGGACGGUACGCUUAGUCAGUCGCUGAUAUGUUUAAUAUUGUCUUUUUUCAGCAAAGGCGAACCGCCAGUGCACCCAUGCUGCUGAUUCGGCUGGCCAGUCAACUUCUUCUUCUGCUCCAUCGACUUCUUCUGCUGUUCCAUCGACUUCUUCUGCUGCUCCAUCGACAUCUUCUGCUGCCAACUAA